UUUCAACUCUUUAAACUGAAACCAUAUCUACAUCAUCCAAGGAAUCUACAAUGGUAUAUCCAAUUUCAUCCUUGUACUUCCCAAAACCUCAUAGUGACUGAUAAUUAAACAAAUCCUCAAUCAUCAAACACAAGAUUAUUACAUUAAUGUAAACUAAUCAGUGCAAGAAUAUUUUACCUCAAUGGAAAUUUGUAAAAUUUGUUCAGCUCUAGUUGUGCUCUUGAUCUUAGCAGAUGUGGUUGCAUGUAAACAUUAUAAGAUUCCCACCACUUUAGAUGGCCCUUUCAAGCCUAGAACUCGAGCUUUCGAUCCGUGUUUGCGUCGAGGUAGUGAUGAUGUGCCAAUGGAUGAUCCUAGGCUGAAGAGGAAUGUGACUUCAAAUUUUCCUGAACAGAUUGCUAUUGCAGUAUCAUCUCCAACUGCAAUGUGGGUUUCUUGGAUUACAGGGGAUGCUCAGAUUGGACUAAAUGUUACUCCACUGGAUCCAUCUAGUGUUGCUAGUGAGGUGUGGUAUGGGAAGAGAAGUGGCAAGUAUUCGAUGAAGCGGACUGGGAGUUCAACAAUUUACAAUCAAAAUUACCCCUUUGAGGGGCUCCUCAAUUAUACAUCCGGCAUAAUUCAUCAUGUCAAGAUUGAUGAUCUUGAGCCUGGAACAAAGUAUUAUUACAAGUGUGGUGAUAGUUUCUUGAAUGCUAUGAGUCAGGAGCAUGUGUUUAAGACCUUUUCAGUACCUGGACCAGACAACUAUCCUCGUCGAAUAGCAGUGAUUGGUGACUUAGGUCUCACAUUGAAUUCCACGACAACCAUCAACCAUGUUAUACAGAAUGAUCCUUCGAUGAUCCUUUUUGUUGGAGACUUGACCUACGCGAAUCAGUACCUUACAACUGGUGGCCAAGGAGCUCCCUGCUAUUCUUGUGCAUUUCCUGAUGCGCCCAUCAGAGAAACCUACCAGCCACGAUGGGAUGGUUGGGGAAGGUUCAUGGAGCCAUUGACCUCAAGAGUCCCUAUGAUGGUUAUAGAAGGAAACCACGAGAUCGAGCCUCAAGCUGAUGGAAUAACUUUUCAAUCAUACUUAACAAGAUUUGCAGUUCCCUCAAGUGAAUCAGGCUCCAACAGCAACUUCUUUUACUCUUUUGAUGCUGGAGGAAUCCAUUUUGUCAUGUUGGGGGCAUACGUCAACUACAAUGCCACUGGUGCUCAGUUUUCAUGGCUCAAGAAAGAUCUUAAACGGUUUAACCGUGGUGUCACCCCUUGGUUAGUAGCUGUCUGGCAUCCUCCUUGGUACAACAGCUAUUCGUCACAUUAUCAGGAAUUUGAAUGCAUGAGACUUGAAAUGGAAGCCAUUUUAUACGAAUAUAAAGUUGAUAUUGUCUUUUCUGGUCAUGUGCACGCGUAUGAGCGGAUGAACAGAGUUUACAACUAUACAUUAGAUCCUUGCGGACCAGUGUACAUAACAGUUGGAGAUGGAGGGAACAUUGAGAAAGUUGAUGUCGAACAUGCAGAUGAUCCUGGUAAGUGCCCUUCACCUGGAGACAAUAUGCCAGAAUUUGGCGGAGUAUGCCACAUGAAUUUCACUUCCGGCCCUGCCAAAGGGAAGUUUUGUUGGGACAGACAACCGGAGUGGAGCGCCUACAGAGAGAGCAGCUUCGGACAUGGAUCACUUGAGGUUAUGAAUUCUACGUAUGCAUUAUGGACAUGGCAUAGAAAUCAGGAUGUGUACGAGGAAGAUAGCCAUGGCGACCAAAUAUACAUUGUACGACAGCCUCAUAUAUGCUUGAAAACUCCACAGCAUGGUGCUGAAAGCAGCGAAUUGGGAGCUUCCUGAACUCUUUUCUUCGUUUCUUUUCUUGUGCCUGGCGUUUGAAGAGACUAUAGAUUUAUUUGAUUGUACAGCUUUGAGGAAUUCAAGGACCAUGAGUAAUAUGCUUAAGGGUACCUGUGCUCAGAGUAUCUUUAUAGUUUAUAAUGAUGUACGUAACUUUAAAGUUGUGUUCACUUGGAGUGAAUGGAAUGAAGGGAGAAUGAAAUAAAUUUUGUACUCUAAAAUGGUGUUGAUCAAAGGUUUCAUUCCUUCAAUCAUUCUCUUCCUACUAUUUUAACUAUAAUUGUAACCCACAUGUUUUGGAAGGAAAGCUCGUUCCAUUUCUA